UCCCCUGGCUGCCCCAGGGACAGCUCCUCCAGACACCAUUCCAACAGGGAAGGGUAAGAAGAAAAGGGAGAAGGCCCCUGAGGUCUUUGAUCCCACAGAGCCUUCCUGCUCUGCUCCCCUGGCUGCCCCAGGGACUGCUCCUCCAGACACCAUUCCAGCAGGGAAAGGUAAGAACAGAAAGAAGGCCCCCAAAGAGAAGACAAGCAGGGAACCUUUAAGCUCUGCUCCCCUGGCUGCCCCAGGGACUGCUCCUCCAGUCACCAUUUCAGCAGGGAAAGGUAAGAACAGAAAGAAGGCCCCCAAAGAUAACAAAUGCAUGGAGCCUUUGGGCUCUGCUCCCAUGGCUGCCCCAGGGACUGGACCUCCAUCCACUGUGCCUGCAGGGAAGAGUAAGAACAGAAAGGAGAAGCCCUUCCUGGGCUCUGGGAACCCACUGACAUCUCCAGCCACAGCUACAGCCUCUGCUGUACACACAGACACUAACAGAACAGACCUUCCAAUGGACAUCACACCUCCACCUGAUCCUCUCCUUUCUGGGCCUCUGGCCCCUGACACCAGUGGCAGCUCCCUCCCUUCUGCACAGCCAACUGUGACACUGCCCCUUGGCAGCACAGCCAUAGCCAUGGGCUCUGGUCCCCAGGUGGUGCCCAGCUUUGGGCUGUCCUCUAUAUACGUCACACCCCCACACAAUGCUCCUCUUCCGGGGCCUCCCACUGGCACCAGUGGGAACUCCUUCCCAUCUGCACAGAUGACUGUGGCACCGCCCAGUGGCAGUACAGCCACAGCCAUGGGCUCUGGUCCCCACAUGGUGCCCAGCUUUGGGCCGUCCUCUAUAUACGUCACACCCCCACACAAUGCUCCUCUCCCAGGGCCUCCCACUGGCACCAGUGGGAACUUCUUCCCAUUUCCACAGAUGACUGUGGCACCGCCCAGUGGCAGUACAGCCAUAGCCAUGGGCUCUGGUCCCCACAUGGUGCCCAGCUUUGGGCCGUCCUCUAUAUACGUCACACCUCCCAACAAUGCUCUUCUUCUGGGGCCUCCCACUGGCACCAGUGGGAACUUCUUUCCAUCUACACAGAUGACUGUGGCACCGCCCAGUGGCAGUACAGCCAUAGCCAUGGGCUCUGGUCCCCACAUGGUGCCCAGCUUUGGGCUGUCCUCUAUAUACGUCAUACCUCCCAACAAUGCUCUUCUUCUGGGGCCUCCCACUGGCACCAAUGUCUAUGGCACCACCCAGGGGCAGCACAGCCACAGGCACGUCCUCUGCUCCCCAGACAGGGACUGA